AACUUAUGAAUUUUAUCAUUUUCAUUAACUAGUAGUAUCUGUAUUAACUUUAAAGACAAAAUUAAUUGUAGUAACCUAUAAAUUUCUAAUUUUUACAUAAAAGUACUAAUCAUGAAAAAACCUUUUUUUUUUUUAUUAUUAUCUAUAUUCAUUCUGUUGACUGAAACAACAUUAAAUUCAAGACAAAACACUGAUAUAUAUAAUAGCCUAAUUAAAAAUAAUGGAUGGAAAGAAAUAAAAGAUGUCAUAAGUGUUAAAUAUUUGAGCAACAUUUUUCAUUCAUUUACACUUCUAGACUUUGUUGAAGAAAGAGAUUGUAAUAAACCAAUUCGUUUAUUGACUAUAUUAUUGGGUUGUACAUAUGCAAAAGAAUUAAAAACACUAUUUUUCCUAUUCAUAAAAUUUGGACACCACUGUCAAAGUUCGAUAACUGCAAGAUAUACAGUAAAAAAUAGAUAUAAUUGUGCUAUGGAGUUAAUUAAAAUAUUACAAAAAAUACCUUCAUUAGCAACACUAAUAAAAAAUACACUAUAUACAUUGGACUAUUUGCAUACUGAUCCAUGGAAAGAUCAGAAAAAAAAAAAAUUUGUUCUAGACUAUUUGCUAAUAGAAUUAGAAAAUUUUAAUAACAUUUUAAUAAACUAUAUUCCUUUGGAAAAUGAUACAACAAAAAUAGAAAACAUUUUAAAUUCAAUUUAUCGGUUUUUUACCCAUAGAAAUGUUGAAAUUGAAUCAUUUAGUGACUUGUAUUGUAUAUUUAUGCAAAAUGAUAUCGAUUCGCAAUGGGAAGAAUGGAAUGAAGAAUAUAAAUACGAAAAUAAACAAAACGAAAAAUUGCAACUCUACGAUUAUCUAAGUCAAAAAAUUAAUUUGAAAAUGAUUUCCAUAAUUAUAAAUAAAUUUCAUAAUCUAGGGUUUCAGUAUGAUAGAAAAACAAAACAAAUUGGUAUACCUCUACCAAAGCAGUAUUGUAUAGGCGAUUUAAAGUUGUUCACAAGAAACAAAAAGACUUCUGAAACAAUUCAAAGUGAAUCAAAAAAUAAAAAAAUGAAGGAAAAUCAAUUUGAAAAUCAAUGGAUACUUGAACUAAUUGAUUAAUUAAAUGGAGAAGUAAAUAAUAUACCUCAAACAAAUAAAGAACUACAGCAAAUGAAUACUCUCAGACAAGAAUUGAAUAAUGUAUCCCAAACCAAUAAAGAAUUGCAAAUAAUCGAUUUUCUCGAACAAGGAUUAAAUAAUGAUUAUUCACAUGAAGAAAAUUCAGAGUCAAUGUUAAUUGAUGAAAAUAGGGAGAAUUAUAUCAAGUUUUUUUAAAUAGUAAUUUUUAAAAUAUGAGCUUUCUAUUUUUCAUAAAAUAUUUUACUGUUUAAAUAAUAUUCAUGAAAUAUUGUAAUUAUCAUAAAAAUUUUAAUUAAUAUAAUACUUAUAAGUAUCGUAAUUAAGAUUGCUUACGUAUUUUA